GGUUAUUGGCAGUGACUCCCGAUUCGCUCUUUCGCCUUAAUUCAAAAUUCACGCAAUUUUCGUGGACGCUACGCUCUUCCUGUUUGUUGUACGGAGAUGGCAAAUGCAAUCAAGUUCUUUGACCUGAACACCGGAGCCAAGAUUCCGUCCGUCGGACUAGGAACUUGGCAGGCUGAAUCUGGCCUCGUCGGCGCCGCCGUUUCCGCUGCUGUAAAGAUCGGAUACCGCCAUAUUGACUGCGCUCAAAUAUAUGGAAACGAAAAGGAGAUCGGUGAGGUGUUGAAGAAGCUGUUUGAAGAUGGUGUGGUCAAACGUGAAGAGCUAUUUAUCACCUCCAAACUCUGGUGUACUGAUCAUGCCCCUGAAGAUGUGCCGACAGCAUUAGACCGAACUUUGAAGGAUCUUCAGCUUGGCUAUGUUGAUUUAUACCUUAUCCAUUGGCCAGUUCGGUUUAAGAAAGGCUCAGUCGGUUUUAAUCCUGAGAACUUUCUUCAGCCGGACAUAUCUAGCACAUGGAAAGCAAUGGAAGCGCUCUAUGACACUGGUAAAGCUCGGGCUAUCGGUGUUAGUAACUUCUCUUGGAAGAAAUUGGGGGAUCUGCUGCAGGUGGCACGUGUUCCUCCUGCAGUCAAUCAGGUUGAGUGUCAUCCUUCAUGGCAGCAGACUAAGCUACGUGAAUUUUGCAAAUCCAAGGGAGUUCACUUAUCGGGUUACUCUCCUCUGGGUUCUCCGGGCACGACAUGGCUCAAAGGUGAUGUUCUUAAGCAUCCAAUUCUAAAUACGGUUGCACAGAAAUUAGGCAAAACUCCUGCAGAAGUUGCUCUCCGCUGGGGCUUGCAAAAGGGUCAUAGUGUGCUUCCAAAGAGCACGUAUGAGGGGCGGAUCAAGGAGAACUUUGACGUCUUUGAUUGGUCUAUUCCUGAUGACUUAUUUGCCAAGUUUUCUGAAAUUGAACAGGCUCGACUUCUCAGGGGAGAUUCAUUUGUCCAUGAGACUUUCGGUUCAUACAGGACUGUGGAAGAACUUUGGGAUGGUGAGAUUUGAGUGAUUCGUUACAAGAGUGAUGGAGCAGAAGCAGCAGGUAGUUCAAAGAGGAAUAGUAAUAAUCAUUUUGAAUUUGA